AUGAACUUUGAAGACGUCACUCACUACGAGGCGGUGAACGCCCUGAAGAACGCCGGCAGCUCCAUCAAGAUUGUGGUCCUGAGAGGGGGGCCGACCAUCACAGAGAAUCGCCAAACCGCUAAGCCGGAGGUCGAGGCGGUGGGCCGACUGAGGGAAUAUGAGCCGGAGGAGGAUGAAAGCGCGAGCUGGGGCUGUCCGUCAAAGUACCACACCGAGUUUCAAUUGGACAACGGGGUGGUGGGCGGAGUCUGCAAUGGAGACACAGCGGGCUCCCUGAUGGCAGAAGACAAUUUAACUGAUGGCAGCCCAGAGGCUUCAACCACAAGCAGUGCAGCUCCAGUUGUGAAAAGCACGAUGACGAUUCCUCGGAUCAUUCUUACGCACCCUUCAACUUCGGAUGAGGAUGUGGAGCAGCUGACUCAGGACCCCGACGAGGAUGAACUCGAUGAUCUUGAUGGUGCAGACUCUCCGGAUGGCCCAAACUACUUCAAUCAUGCCUUCUAGCCCUCCUUCAAGGACCUCCGGCCCGGAGUGAGACGGACUUUGAUGGGGCACAUUGGUGUAAAUAUGUCGUGAAAAAUUAAA